AUGAGUAAAAAUGAUUCCGACGACUACAAUGAUUUCGAUUCUUCUGAUGAGGAAGAAAGAUUGAAUGUCUUAAUCACGUCUAAGAAAAAUAAAUUAAGCAGACAUGACCCAUUCAACAGGGUAGAGAGUGAUGAGGAAAGUGAUAUUCCAUAUCAAAAUGAUGAAGAGGAGGAAGAAAAAGAUCUAAAACAAAAAGGGAUAGAAAAUGAGUUAGAACAGAAUAAAAGAAAAGAAUUAGAUGUUGACGAAUCUGUUCCUAGAGACAACAACGAGGACAAUAAUUCAGAAGAAGAAAAUAAAGAUAAAAACAUAGAAAUAGAAGAGCAAAAUGAUAAAACUGCAAAACUUAAAAAAAGAUUACAAUUUGUCAACGCUUUAAAGAAAACACAUCAUAAAACAGGUGUUGUAUAUUUAUCUAGCAUACCACCAUAUAUGAAACCUGCAAAGAUGAGACAAAUUUUAUCGAGGUUCGGUGAAGUUGACCGUCUUUUCUUGAAAAGAGAAGAUGAAGCAAAACAUAGACAAAGAGUGAAAAGUGGCGGGAACAAAAAAAUCAAAUAUGAAGAAGGUUGGGCUGAAUUUAUCAGGAAAAGAGACGCAAAAUUGUGUGCUUCUACAUUAAAUGGUAAUAUUAUAGGUGGGAAAAAGGGUAAUUUUUACCAUGAUGAUAUUUUAAAUGUUAAAUACUUACCUGGUUUCAAAUGGGCCGAUUUAACUGAACAAAUUGCUAGAGAAAAUGAUAUUAGACAAUCAAAAUUAGAACUAGAAAUGUCUCAGGCCAAUAGAUUGAAUGCAGAAUAUAUAAGAAAUGUUGAAAAGAGUAAAAUGUUGCAAAACAUUGAAAAAUCUAAGAAAAGAAAAUUGGAUAAUAAUAAUGGUAAUAAAAUUAACAGUAAAGAUGACAACGGUGUAGAAAAAUCAGAUUCCAAAGAAGUCGAAAUUGAAAACAAAUAUAGAAAGUUUAAGCAGAGACGUGUUAAUACUAAUAGAGCUGACGCCCCUUCCAAUAUAAAACAAAACGAUUCAUCCAAGACAUUAAACAGUGUCUUAAACAGUCUAUUGUAA